AUGGUUCAGACUGACAGUUUCAAGUUUCAGGUAAAGCUGCAAGAUAACCCUGCUAAAAGACGUGGUAUUCUGUUAGUGGACAGUUCAAUAUACGACCCACUUGGAUUUUUAGCACCAGUCAUACUGCCUGCCAAGCCUAUUCCAAGAGAACUGUGUAAAGAGAUCAAGAAGUGGAGGAAAAUACUUCCCAAAGUUGAUAAGAAGAAGAGAGACUCUGGCAAGGCUGCCAAGAAGGACAUGGACCCAGUAAACAAGUCCGGAGGCAAAGCCAAAAAGAAGAUGUGGUCCAAGGGGAAGGUGAGAGAUAAGUUGAAUAACUUGGUCCUCUUUGACAAAGCAACCUAUGAUAAACUCUACAAGGAAGUUCCCAACUACAAAAUUAUCACAUCUGCUGUGGUUUCAGAAAGACUGGAGAUCAGAGGGUCUCUAGCCAGAGCUGCACUUCUGGAACUGCUCAACAGAGGUAUGAUCAAGCUGGUCUCAAAACACAGGGCGCAGGUUAUCUAUACUAGAUAUACCAAGGGAGGAGAUGCACCCGCAGAUGAAAAGGAGACAUAAGCAGAUUCUGCAUUUGGUUUCUUGAAGAGUUAAGUAAAUUUGU